CUGUAACCUCUGCCUCCGCGGAAGUGAUUCUCAGUGCCUCAGUUUCCAGAGUAGUUGGGAUUAUAGGUGCCCACCACCAUGCCCUACUAAUUUUUGUAUUAUUGGUAGAGACAGGGUUUUGCUAUAUUGGCCAGGCUGGGCUCGAACUCCUGACCUCAAGUGAUCCGCCUGCUUCGGCCUCCCAAAGUGCUGGGAUUACAGGCAUGAGCCACUGUGCUGUGAGUCUUAAUCUGCAUUUGAGCAAGAUCCCCUGGGGAUUCUAAUUGUUGGUGAGGAUGAUGGAGGGAAACUUUUUACUCCUGAAGAAUAUGAAGAAUACAAAAGAAAAGUUUUACCUCUGCGCUUACAAAACAGAUUAUUUGUGAGCUGGCGGUCACCAACAGGGAUGGAUUGUAAACUUGUGGGCCCAGAGACACUGUGUUUUUGUACACAUAGGUAUAAACAACAUAAAACUGACUUGGAAACGAUUCCUCAGCAGCGCCCCAUUGAUCUGCCCUGCCAAGUGACUGGCUGCCAGUGCAGGGCUUACCUUUAUGUCCGCUUGAGUGGUAGCCAGCCCAUUCGCUGCAGGUGCAAACACUUUGCUGAUCAGCACAGUGCUGUGCCUGGCUUUAUAUGCAAUACAUGUUCCAAGUGUUCAGGAUUCCAUAGCUGCUUCACUUGUGCUUGUGGUCAGCCUGCAUAUGCCCAUGGCACAGUAGUGGAAACUAAGCAAGAAAGAUUGGCUCAGGGAAAACCAGUGGGACAGGACAUUCCUUAUGCAGCCAUGGGAGGAUUAACUGGUUUCAGCUCGCUGGCGGAAGGCUACAUGCGGUUAGAUGACAGUGGGAUUGGUGCACCUUCAGUUGAAUUUUUAGAAUCUCCCAUUACGGCAGUAGACAGCCCAUUCCUAAAAGCAUUUCAAGCAUCAUCUAGUUCUUCUCCAGAAACGUUAACAGAUGUAGGUACAAGUAGUCAAGUUUCUUCGUUAAGGAGACCUGAAGAGGACGAUAUGGCUUUCUUUGAAAGACGGUACCAGGAAAGGAGGCUUUUAGGUGUAUCCAGACUCGUUAAAAUUACCCAAUACACAUCUGGCCACAGUGGCUGCUUUUUUGCUUUAACUACAAUGGAGGAGGAAAAGACUUUCAGAAAGGUAACUGUGGGAAUAUAGAAACCAGAAUUAUAGAAAACUAUCCUUAAAGCAGUCCACGUUCCAGAGAGAAUCCAGCUGGAUUAGGUGCAUUAUGUAGCUCUGUAGGGAAUGUGCAUAGGCUGGAUGUAAGUUUAGUCAUUUUAAGCACUUGUAAUUUUAGUGGCAAUUGAAAUUAAUUUUUUUCUCUAAAGCAAUAUUCAUAUAUUACUUUUAUUAAAAUGCUUCUGUAAAAUUAAAAUAAAAUCAUCUGAAAAUGUGUAAUUAUGUCCCUUUAACAGAUUUUGGCUUUAGUAUUUAGCAGCUUAAUAACUGUGGAAUGGCUGUGACAUGAAUCUGAAUGAGUUUUCUGCAAGUUUUUUUUCUUU